GAGAUCCAAUAGUAUCUGCCCUGCACAAGAAGUGGAGUAUUUGAAAUAAAAAGUUAGGGAAAAAAAGAGCAAAAGCAAAGUUAGCACUGCAACCAAAACCAAAACAAAAACAAAGACAGCGGUACUACAGUUAUAGGAAUGCGGAGCUAAGAGUGUGCUCUGCUCUGGAGUAAUACUAUCACUACAACCAGGCAAAGGGAGCUGGGAAAGAAGAGAAGGAAAAGAAGAAAGAAAAAAAGAAAGCAAAAGAGAAAGAGUAAAGGGAAAGAGAAGCAGCGAGCUGAGCCUGAGCUCAAGUAGAAGAGCAUCGAUCUGUCUCUUUUGCCUCCUCUCUCUCUCUCUCUCUCUCUCUCUCAUCUUCCUUUCUUUUCACGAGAUAGCAGCUGCUGCUGCUGCUUCUUCUUCUUCUGCUGCUGCUGAAUUGCAAGUUUGCAAGAAGAAGAAUUUGCAAUUGCAUUUUGAUUCUAGCUAGCUUAGUUACAAAGAUUGGGAUGAUGGAGGAAGAGUCGACGGGGUCCGGGUGCGUGUGCGCCCUCCACCCGGGCGUCGCCGUCACCGGCUUCUGCCCGGCCUGCCUCCGCGACCGCCUCGCCGGCCUCCACCCGCCCUCCGCCGACCUCCGCCGCUGCAAGUCCUUCUCUAACUACGCCCGCUCCUCCAAUUCCUACUUGGACCACCCGCACCGCCGCUCCUGCGACGCCCGCCAGCCGCCGCCCAUUCUGCUCCCGGAGCCGGAGGACACCAUCGCCCGCCCGAUGAAGGAGCACAUCAGCCUGCAGCAGGAAUCCAGGAAUGGCGCCUUGGGUGCCCUGGGCAAGCGCUGGCAGGAAUGGCGCCGCAAGACCAAGCUCAAGAAGCAGAACCACCACACUGGUCCUACCACCACCACUAGGCCCCUUCCGCCGGACUCCUCCUCGCUCGCCCGCCGCUCCUGCGACGCUUUCUCCAGCCGCACCAUGCUGGGCUUCGACGAGCCCCGCGCUUCCUGCGACCACCGGCCCCUCUUCGUCCCACGCUCCGACGACCAGAUCCCCGUGGAGGAGGAGGAGGAUGAGGAUGCUUACGAGGCCGUGCCCGGCGGCACCACCCAGACAAGGGACUACUACCUCGACUCCUCCAGCUCCAGCAGGCGCCGCCGGAGCGUGGACCGCAAAUCCUUCUCCUCCGACACCGGUGAGCUGCCCAGGAUGAUCGCUGGUGCGGCUGCCAAUGCAAGGGUCUCACCAGCAUUCGUCGGCACAGAGUUCUACCAGCACCAGCAGCAGGUGAGCAACCAGUACCACCAUCGCCAGCCAAGCUUGGAGCCGCCAUUCUUGGGCCGGGAAGAGGCAGCAAAGCAGAGCAAGCACAAGAGCAAGGGGAUCAAGGGGUGGAGCAUCUGGGGCCUCCUGCACAAGAAGAACAGCAGCAGCAGCUCAUUCGGCGGCGAGGCGGCACGGGCGACGGCGCCGGAGCUCCGGGCAAGGGGGUACGACGGGCAGAUGCUCCGGUGCAACAGCAGCGUGAGCGCGAGAAACUCGUUCAGUGGAAGCGGAUUGGGGAGGAUUCGGAGGGCAGACGAGGUGCUGCUGGAGAGGAAUUUCAGCGCCAGAUAUUCCUCCUCCUCCUCCUGCAGGAUGUCACAGCUUCACAACAACUCCAACUCCAUUGCCAACAUCUACAGAGGUGGAGGUGGAAGGCCCCCUCGUUCAUCAGCUACUUCCAGGACCUCACUUGGCCUCUACUACUACUGAAAUUGCUCCCUCUUCUUUUCUUGCUUGCUUAGCCUUACUUAGCCGCCCAAAUCAACCAAUUAUUAAUGUGCAUAGCAGCUUAUAUAUACUUGGAGACUUAGAACUGGUGAUUGUAUUGAUCGCAGCGAUGCUUAUACCCAAUCUUACUUAGUUUGCAUUACUACAUCCUUUGUUUAUUAAUCUUGUCCAGCCACAACAUAUAUGCAUGUUUUUUCUUCUUCUUUCAUCCCUUCAAUUCAAGUUGCUUAUUACGUUUUUCUGCUGCUUCUAUGUCUAUGUCUACAUCUAUCGAUGC